AUGGACAAGCUAAAAAAAUAUCGAGAUCAAUGGUGGAAUCAGGGCAACUUUCAUCCCAUGGCAGAAUGGGAAAAAGUGAAACUCCCAUAUAUACUUGCGGAAAAUGUGACUAUUGAUAAAUAUGAAGAACGUACAGACAGAUUUAAUGUCCGCGGAUGUUGGGAAUGGGAUGCUAAAUUCGAAAAAAACGGAGUAGUUUUAGGCGAAGUGGCAGUUUAUGAGCUUCCGUUACAAGCACAUGAGGUUUGCGCCGGCGAGAUCUCUAGUUUAAUUUUUGAGCAGUGUCUUCCUGCUAAUCGGACAGAUGCUAAAAUUUAUAUUUUGGCAGCAACACGGACUCGUGUCCGCGGUUUUGGCAAAGAAGCCGAUGGGUCAUUUCGCCCUGAAAAAUCUUCAGUAGAUUUACCAAAUGGGAGCGAUGGAUUGAAUGCACCAUGGCCAAAUCUCGUGGUAGAAGUCGCAUCUUCAGAGUCUACUCGUCACGUCAAAGAAAAGGCAAGGAAUUACUGGCUAUACAACAAUCGCGUUCGUGACGUAAUUAUUGUUAAGCUUUAUGAUGCUGCCGAAAACCAAAUCCCAAGCCGUAUGAAAUUUGAUACACACGAUGCAAAUGGUGAUCCGUUAAGCUAUCAAGAAGGAACACAUGUGAUUAGAAUUCCUUUAGAUUGUUUAUAUCACGACGUAAAACCCCCGAUUGAAAUUCCUAGAAGUGUUCUCCCGGAUCCUAUCAUACUAGAUUUCUUUUUUGUUAGGAAAGCAAUCCUCAAAUCAUUUAGUUAUAAAUGCGAAUAA